AUGAAUCAAUAUGAAACGGAAAGGCGGCUUUGCUGGAGUUAUGGCCUGUUGGCCGUUUUGCUUAGUAUAUCAGUAGUGUGUAUUGCAAUUCCAUAUAAUCACUGGCGCACCACUCUUGAUGUAUGCCCUGGUGGAUAUUUCGAAAAUACUAAUUGUGGUUGCAUUUUGUAUGGCAUAAGCCUAUAUUCAUACUUUAGUGGUGGCCACAACGCUUACUGUUUAUAUGCUAUAUUUGCCCCAUUGCCUAUUUUAAUAUAUGCAAUGAUAAUGGCCUUAUUUCAUAUGUAUAGAGUAUGCAUCAAUAAUACUGGACAGUAUGAGGGCGAGAAAUCUACUACAGUAGAUGAAAUAGAAGGUGAAACCAUUGUUGUGUCUUCAAGAGCUAGGAUACCUCAACACAAUGAUGCAGUCAUAUAUUGUUGGAUACCUACAUCAUGCAUUGCUGCAAUAUUUGGGAUAUACAAUUUGGUUCAUGCUAUUAUUAUCACAGAUGGUUUUUUGAAAACAUGUUUUCAGUAUCGAGGACAUUUAGUUAAGGAAACCAAAGCUGCUGGUGAUGAAGCUACUGCCAUGCUGUUUCGAUUAAGUUGCCAAGCAAUAUUAGACUUUAUGGAUUAUAUACAAAAAAAUGCACCAGACAGUCAGCGUGGCGAUUUCAUCAACACUGGCGUUGCUUUACAGAUUGCGAUCUUUACUUCUUGGAUAGCAGUAAGCCUAUGGAUAAUUAUUACGGUAUAUACUGCUCUUAGGGCUUACAAGGAACGAAAUGUUAUGACAUGCUGUGGAAAUUAA